CUAAAGAAAUUACAGAUUAAGAAUACCACCAGAGGGGCUCAGGGUGUAGGUUCACUGUGGAUUAGGGCUAUAAGCAUUUGUUAAGUAAUCGGAUUACAAAUCUGGCCAAUUUAAAUAAAAAUUAGCCUUACAAUCCGACAGUGUGCGACGCUGCAUCCCCUCAUAUCUCUGAGUACAGAGAAAAGCAGAAUCCGGAGAUGCUUCCGUGACGCUGCCUUGGAUGUUUACCCAUCCAAUGGAAUCGUAGAGAAAUGAAGACCAGCUUUGAUUCCCUUUUCAGUAUAGCCUUCGUUAAUCACUCCGUGCUUCAUUAUUAGCCAUGGUUUUGUUGCGGAGCUUCGCGCAGCUGACGGUGCUGCUCCUCCGGAGCGGAUGGUGGGGAGUCGCGCCGAGCCCCACCGAUGAAGGAGCACUCCGGACCGGCCACGGGGAGCACGGAGAGCCCGGCCAUCAGGAGGCUCAUAAGGACUCGUACAGCACAUUCGCUUCCGAGUUCCUGGAGUCCAGAUAUUUGUCUGAUGAAGGUUAUCCAUUCCCCACAGCCCCACCAGUCGAUCCUUUUGCCAAGAUCAAAGUCAGCGACUGCGGAGUAACCAAAGGCUGCAUAAGGUAUGGGAAACCAGGAUGCGAUGCAGAGUCAUGUGACUACUUUCUGAGCUAUCGUCGCAUUGGCACAGAUGUAGAGUUUGAGAUGAGUGCGGACACAGACGGCUGGGUGGCUGUGGGUUUCUCCUCCGACAAAAAAAUGGGAGGAGAUGAUGUAAUGGGGUGUGUUCACGAUGAUAACGGACGUGUGAGGAUCCACCAUUUCUACAAUGUCGGCCAGUGGGCCAAGGAGAUAAAGAGGAACCCGGCUCGGGAUGAAGAAGGAAUCUUCGAGAACAACCGGGUUACCUGCCGUUUCAAGCGACCAUUAUACGUCCCAAGAGAGGAGACGCUGGUGGAUUUACAUCUAUCAUGGUAUUACCUGUUCGCAUGGGGACCUGCUAUUCAAGGUUCCAUCACAAGACAUGACAUCGACAGUCCUCCAGUCAGUGACCGCAUGAUCAGCAUCUAUAAGUAUGAAGACAUAUUUAUGCCGUCCACAGCCUAUCAGACCUUCAACUCUCCAAUCUGUUUACUGCUCAUCGUUGCUCUUACCUUUUAUUUGCUCAUGGGAACACCAUAAAUAAGCACAGCCAAUCACACUGUAGAGGAGGGAGUGAAGAGAUGAUCAUGUAGCAAUAAAAAUAAGCUGGUUGCCACAAUGACAUAUGCACCUUGAACAGAUUAAGACUAUUUUAGACGUAGUAAACAUUAGACAGUAUAUGAGGAUUGCUCAUCUUGAAAAAUGAAUAAACCACUGCUAUAGAGGAUAAAUGUACUUCAGAUAUGUAAUCAGAGUUUUAACCGUCUUUUUGAACAUUCACGACAGCAUCUUUGGAUUUGGAAGACAGUGUUUACACUUACCACUGAAUAAACUGGGAGCCAUUUCAGAACCCCACUGUUGGCUGGCGACUCGAGAGAACAUUUCCUGGAAAGCAAAGACUAAAGAAAAAUGACAUGAAAGAGCUUUCCUGCAGUGUUCAUGUGGAUAUGAGCCAACAUAUCUUCCUCAGCUAUGGCCAAUGCUUAUUUAUGAGGUGGAAAAAAAAUAUUCAAAGGAAUAUUUUACAGAACUUGGUUUCUCACUCAUGUUGUUUUAACCUUUUAAAUCUGAAUUAAAAAUCUUUGAAAAUGUUAAAAGGUCUAAAAUAAUCUGUUACUACAACAAGGAACCUUUAAAGUACAGAGAAGUAUGUUCAAGUAUAAAAUGAAAAUACAAACCUUUCUGUUUGAAUGAUGUGUCCUCUUUCUCCACAGCCUAUUCACUGAAACAAAGCUCCCUUGUUUUACUCCUUAUUUGGUCUUUCUCAGUAGCGCAAAAAAAAAAAAAAUAGGAAUGCGCUACAUGUGUUGCAUAGGGGCACAGUGCUAAAAGGGUGCAUCAAACCUUUAUUCCUGAUCAGCUGUUUCUGGAGUUAACAACUAUUUUAAUGCUUGUGAUGUGAUGUGACCAGUAACAGAGGCCCAUUACAGAAAAUGUGGGGCGCAGGGAAUGGAGAAGGAUAAAGAAAACUUUUAAAAGAGCUUAAAGACAAUAGGUAAUUUAUGUCAGUCUAUCAGAAUGGGGCUGUAAAUAUUAGCAGCAGCCACUGAUGGUAAAAUGACAAAUUACUGUUGUCCUGAAACUGGGAAGACAGGAGACCUCGUUUCCAGAGAAAAAGCAGCAGAUUUUAGAGUUGCCCCUGGAUUUAUUGGUAAAGAUAACUACUGUUUUCUGUGAAUGAAAGUAUUUUUUUUAUUUAUUUCAGCUUUGUUUUUGAUAUACUGUGAUUAAGUUUUUUUUCUUUUGCGUUAAAGCCCAAACCUACAUGGUUUAAAUGUCAAGGAUCAGUUGCAACAAUCUAUCUAGUAGCCUAAA